AUGUCAUUAAAGCUCCCUGGAAACAUUAAUUCUUCUUUGUUUAAACAGGGCUAUCAGGUUCAUUCGAACACUGAUGGUGCUAUCAAUAGAAAUAUUCAAGCAUGUCGUGAAAUCUCAAAGAUGAUCUCCACAUCAAUCGGACCUUGUGGCAAGAACAAAAUCAUAGUUAACAAUUUAAGUAAAAUAUUUAUCACUAAUGAUGCAGCGACAAUGAUUAGAGAACUUGAUAUUGUUCAUCCUGCGGUAAAAGUUCUUGUUAUGCACUCAGAACAGCAGGAAGAAGAAAUGGGUGAUAAUACCAAUUAUGUUCUUGUUUUAGGUGGCGAAUUGUUGAAUCUUGCAGAAAAAUUAGUUGUUCUAGGCUUAACACCAACUGAAAUUAUUCAAGGAUUUAGAAUGGCAAAUAAAUUUGUAAACAAUGAGUUGGAGCAACUUGUUGUUGGUCAAAUUGUCGACUUUCAGAGUAAAGAGCAACUUUUAAAAAUUAUCAAGCCUGUUAUUAUGUCCAAACAAUAUGGUCAAGAAAGGAUAAUUUCUGAUCUAGUGGCAACUGCCGUUCAGCAAGUAAUGCCAAAAGAUAGACCACAGGCUUUCAAUGUUGAUUCUGUUCGUGUUGUCAAAAUUAUGGGAGGAGCGUUAACAAAUUCAUUUGUUAUCAAAGGUAUGGUUUUCCCAAGAGAACCGGAAUCUGAAGUGAAAAAGAUCAGAGAAACAGCAAAGGUUGCAGUCUUUAACUGUCCAGUUGAUAUUUCUGCCUCCGAAACCAAAGGUACCGUUCUUCUACACAAUGCUGAUGAAAUGAUGAACUUCAGUAAAGGUGAAGAGGAUGAAUUGCAUAAAGUAAUCAAAGAAAUUGCGGAUUCAGGAGUCAAAGUCAUUGUUGCUGGCCAGGGCAUUGGAGAGUUAGCGUUACACUUUAUGAAUAAAUAUAACUUGUUGGUGCUUAAAGUACCUUCUAAGUUUGAUUUGAGACGUAUAUGUCGGAUUUGUGGUGCUACUCCUCUAGUCAGAUUGGGAGCACCUAUGCCUGAAGAGAUGGGUAUUAUUGAUGUUGUUGAAUCCAAAGAAAUUGGUUCAGAUAGAGUCACUGUGUUUAGACAAAAUGAAGAAACUUCAAUGACUUCAACAAUUGUCAUUCGUGGUGCAACUAAGAACAACAUGGAUGACAUUGAACGAGCAAUAGAUGACAGUGUUGCCUCCAUUAAAUCAGUCGUGAGAGAUCCAAGAUUACUACCGGGAGCUGGUUCUACUGAAUCGGAGCUCGUGAAAAGAGUCACCAACUAUGGUGAAAAAACACCUGGUUUGAUGCAAUUGGGUAUUAAAAAAUUUGCCGAAGCGUUUGAAUUUUUGCCAAGAUUGUUAUGUGAAACCUCUGGUUUGGAUCCAAGUGAAAUACUUCCAAGAUUGUAUGCUUCGCAUGAUGAAAAUGAUAAAGAAACUUUAAAAUUUGGUAUUGAUAUUGAAUCUGAUAACGUCAAUGAUUGCCUCUUAGAUAUAACAGAAGAAAACAUCUAUGAUUCAUACAUUUCCAAACUCAAUGCUAUAAAUUUAGCAACUGAGGCUGUUUGUACAAUUCUAAGUGUUGACCAAAUCAUUGUUGCGAAGAAAGCGGGUGGACCAGCAAUGCCACAGCAACCUAAACCAGGAAAUUGGGAUCAGGCAGACUGA